UCCUCCCGGGUGGAGGAAGCAGGAAAAGGCGGCAGCCAGAGGCGGCGGGCAAGGCUGCUGGGCAGUGAUGGCUGGAGCCCCAGCUGGGAUGGGCUCAGUCUGUGGCCUGGCUCUGCCCCUUCUGAUCCUCUGCUGGGAGGUUGGGGACUCCUCGGACUUUAAAGAUACCAGGACACUCACCAAAUUAAUCCCUUCUGACUCCAUGGCUGCAGUCACGGUCGCUGCGGAGACUCUGGACACAAGCGGCAGCUCCAUGAGGACUGGAGAGACCACAGCGGAGACUCGUCCAGGCAGCGAUCCCACAAAAGCCAUUUUUGAUACCCUUUGUACGGAUGACAGCUCUGAGGAAGCAAGAUGGAUCACAAAUGUCUUGACAUGGGUGCGCACCUCUGGGGAAGCUGAGAGCCUGUCCUCUGACAGCAGCUUUUCCUCAGACCACUCUGUGGCCAUCGGCACCACCUCCCAAGCCCUGGGUCCUGAUGUAGCCGUUCCCAGCAAGGCCUUGGUCCCCUACAGCACUACCCACAUCAAGUUCCUCAGGGAGACAGAAACAGCUGCGGUCAUAUCUGGGACUUCAGACCCAGAUCACAGCUCCACAGGAGUGAAGGCCUUGUCCACCUCUAAGACGCCAGCUUUGCCUGCCUCACCCAGCCCCAGCCCCACAUCCCCUGCUGAGACCCUCUCCAGGGCCAGCACCUCAGAGUCAGCUGCCCCCAACAACAUCCUUGAGGCCUCACUGCCCACAGGCACCACAGAAACAGAAGUAACAUCAGCCUUGGCCCCCGCCCCUGGGGGAACUCAGGUGACAGUUGGCAUGGGCCCCUUGGGAGAAACCUCAGCCCUCUCUCAAAAGAGCUACACCACGGUGUCAGGAGCAGUUACAGUCUCCACCAAGGCUGCACCAACAGAGGGCAAAAUGACUUCCUUUGCUGGAUCUUCAGCUUCAGUCUCCAGCUCUUCUGAAGGGCUCACCAUCAAGAACUCCACCCUUUCAGAGACUUUUACCACAGAAGAUACAACGAGCAGGGCCUUCCCCACCAGCAGGAGCCCUCCUCCUCCUGUCCAUCCGACUAAAGCCAGCAGCAGACAAGAGACAAGUGUGACCUCAGCUAAGACCAUGACUUCACCAAAGUCUUCUUCAGAGAGUCUUAUCACAGAAGACACAAUCAGCAGAGCAAUCUCUACCAGCACGGGCCUUUUUCUUUCUGUCUAUCCAACUACAGAUAGCACCCAAGAGACAAACCUCACCUUAGCCAUGACCAUAAGCUCACCAAAAACCCCUUCAAAGACUUUUACCACAGACAGGGCCUUCCCCACAAGAAGCCCUCUUUCUCCUGUCCAUCCGACUACUGCCAGCAGCAGCCAAGAGACAAGAGUUACCUCAGCUGUGACUACAACCUCACCUAAGAUUCCUUCAGAGACUUUUAUUACAGAGGGCACAACCAACAGGGCCUUCACCACCAGCAGCCCUCUUCUGUCUGUCCUUCCAACUACAGCCAACCUCAGUCAGGAAACAACUGUCACCUCAGCCUUGACCAUGACCUCACCAAAGAUCCCUUCAGAGAUUUUUACCACAGAUGGCACAACCAGCAGGGCUGUCCCCACCAGCAGGAUCCCUCCUUCUUCUGUCCUUCCGACUACAGUCAACUAUAGCCAAGAGACAAAUGUCACCUCAACCAUGACCAAGACCUCACCAAAGACCCAGAGGAAGCCCCCAACAGCUGUGUCCGCCACCGUUUGGACAAGGCAGACUCCGGAAGUCACUGUGGGUGCAGACGGAGGCUUCCUCCUUGUGCGGUUGAGGGUGGCCUCCAUGGAAGACCUCACAGAGCCUACACAGGCAGAGAGGCUGGUUCGGCAGCUCCAAUGUGAACUGCAAGCCCGCUUGCCUCCUGCCCAACUCUCCUUACUGCACAUCCAGAGCAGCUGAAGAAUAUCAGAGGAACAGCGCGGAGAGCAACUGUAGCCCGAGCCUGCCGACAGAACUCAGAAAGUUCCCACGAAGGUCAGCCGGCUCGCCCCCUAACCCGGAAGUGAAUGCAGGAUCCUGGCUCUCUCACUGUGGGGAA